AUGACGAAAAAUAAACAAACAUUACUUUCCUUAGAAACAGCUAUAAGACCCGUACCUCAGUUUAAUGGAGAAAAUCCACAGGAUGUAUAUCCAUUCUUUAUUGCAUGUGACUUCGUGAUUAAAACGAUAGAUGAGGAAUGUCGCCCUAUUCUUUUGCAGGCAAUUUUAACAAAAUUAGCAGGUAAAGCUUUUGCGAUAACACAACAUCGAGAAGUCAAAUCAUGGGACUCGCUUAGGGAGUUAUUAACAGUUACAUUUUGCGCUAAACAAACUCCAGGUUAUCUUCAACUAGAAUUGUCCACAACCAGAUUUAAAUCAGGAGAGGCUAUUCAAGAAUAUUCUUCAAGAGUCGAGAAGUUGCUUCACGAACUUUGUAAUGUCAGUACAAACAAGAGAACUGUAGCAGAAGCUAAAGCGGUUAUAUAUACAGUGUUAUAUUCUAAUAAAUGUAUAAAGUAG